UUAUAAAUAAAAUACUUAUGAAGUUGAAGUUGUAAACUUAAUUACCGUAUUUAUCUUAAUAAAAAUAUUAUUGUAACCAGAACAGCUCAGUACAAAAUGAAGCUUAUAACCCACAACAUGUUAACGUCGAAAUGCUUGAAAGGUGUUACAACCGGCUAUCCACUUGCUAUAAGCGCUACAGAUGUUAAGAUUACAGAAGUUGAUUUUAAUCCAGAAUUUGUGUCGCGUGUAUUACCAAAAUUGGAUUGGCAAGUGUUAUGGAAUGCAGCUGAUAGUAUAGGACACAGUGAAGGAUUACCUAAAACACUAGAAAAUACAGAAGGAGAUCAAGAGUUUUUAAAGAAAGCUCAUCGAGUUUUACUAGAAAUUGAAGUGGAAGAAGGUCACCUAACUUGCCCGGAGUCGGGCAGACAAUUCCCAAUUACAAAAGGUAUCCCUAACAUGCUGCUAACAGAAGCUGAAGUACAAUAAAUGAGUUAUUAUAAA